AUGUCCACUGUCCUCCGAAGCCGUUGCCCCACUGCCGGGCCCGAAGCCGGUAAAGGCACCGGCGAGUCAACAACAAUAAUAACAACUCCCAAGCUGGAACUUAUGUCACUACCAACCGAGAUACACCUCGCUAUUUCUGAAUUUCUCAUCUAUCCUGAUGCCCUUUCCUUGAAACAUACCAACGCCCACUUCUAUAGCCUUGUCGACACAGGCAUCAAUCUCAAGGUUGAAUGGCUGGUUGAACGAAGAAGUCUCCAUUUGGAAUGCCCCAAUGACAGACGCUGUGAUCUCGGAAGCGAUCUCCGUUUCUGUCGUGGAAGUGUGCCUCUAUUGAUGCGCCGAAGACGAGAACAUGUCGAAUGUGAAUCUCGACCAGGCCUCGGAUGUCUUGUAUACGGUACAAAGAGAUGUUCCCAUCGCUCUCUGUUGAGCAGAAGUCUCCCCCGAUGGUUACAAAUCAAAUUGACUAUCGAAGUCUGGUGGAUUGUGCUUGCACUGAUACCCAUCGUAUUUUGUUGGAUAUGGCUGGCAGAGUUACCAUGGGGAUCUAUACUAGGCUUCUGA